AUGAUUCAACAGCUAACAAUUCUAUGCUGCCUGGUCAUGGCAACGACAAGCAUGGUGAAUCAGGCUCCACAACCGCUGUACCUACCUUCGGAAUAUCAACAACAAACGCCACAAUACAAUUUCGCUUACGGCACUAACGAUGCAAAUACCGGUAAUUACAAGAGUCAGCAAGAUAAUUAUAGAGGAGAUAAUGUACUUGGUCAAUACUCUCUCCUACAGCCCAACGGUAUAACAAGAAAUGUUGAUUACAGAGCAAAUGAUUAUUCAGCGUUUAACGCAUUAGUAAACAAUGGCAGAAAGCAGAACAAUGCACCUAAUGAUGGGCAGGUGGAGAUCACCAAUGAUGGAGUAGCACGACAAAACAACGAAGCGUCUAAAAUAAACCAACUGUUACUAACUCCCAACAACCAGCAUGCGAGUCAAUCUCCCCUUAUUAUUACACAUACAUCGGUUUACCAUCACACUUACACAAAUGGUCAAAAUCCUUUAUUUGUUUAA